GACGAGACGGCAAGAGACUACGUUCUGCAGACUGCUGAGGACGCCGACGUUAAAUUUGUCCGCCUCUGGUUUCCGGACAUUCUCGGGAACCUGAAGGGGUUUGCCAUCAAUGCCGCCGAUCUGCGCGACGCCAUCGAAGAGGGCGUGGGUUUCGACGGAUCCGCCAUCGAGAGCUACGCGCGUUCCGACGAGAGCGAUAUGCGCGCCUUUCCGGAUCCCAACACCUUCACCCUGCUGCCCUGGCGUCCCCAGCAGAACGCGGUGGCGCGCAUGUUCUGCGACAUUCAGCGGCCAGGUGGUGAAAGCUUCGGCGGCGAUUCACGGGCGGUCCUGAAGCGCAACCUGGAACACCUCGCCCGGAUGGGCUACACCUACUACGUCGGCACCGAGCUGGAGUACUUCUACCUGAAAGACUCCGGUGGAACGAAGAAACGCAAAGAAGCCAAACCCCUAGACCACGGUGGCUACUUCGACCAGCUUUCUAGCCAGCCCGCCAGCGACCUCAGGCGCGACACGGUGCUGAACCUGGCGGCAAUGGACGUCCCGGUCAAGUACUCCCACCACGAGGCGGCCCCAAGCCAACACGAGAUUGACCUGCAGUACACCGAUGCCCUGGCAAUGGCCGACAGCGUGAUGACGGCCCGGCUGGUCGUAAAGGAACUGGCCCAGGUGCAGGGGGUCUACGCCACCUUCAUGCCCAAGCCUAUCGCUGGCGUCAACGGCUCCGGGAUGCACAUACACCAGUCCCUGUUCCAGGGUGAGAACAACGCUUUCUUCGACGAGGAUGACGAGCACUACCUGUCGGAGGUGGGCCGCAAGUUUAUCGCCGGUCUGCUGCGUCACGCGCCGGAGAUUACGGUGGUGACCAACCAGUGGGUAAACUCGUACAAGCGACUGGUCCCAGGAUAUGAGGCCCCGGCGUACGUCUCAUGGUCCCACGUGAACCGGGCGGAUCUGGUCCGGGUGCCCUCCUACAAACCGGGGUAUGAAAGUUCCAUGCGGGUGGAAUACCGCGCACCCGACCCAGCCUGCAAUCCAUACCUGGCCUUCAGCGUAAUGCUGGCCGCAGGAAUGAAAGGCAUACAGGAGGACUAUCCGGCGCCCCUUCCGAUAGCUGAGAACGCUGCGUCGAUGAGCGAAGCGCAGCGUCAGGCCCUGGGCAUAAAGACCCUGCCGACCAGCCUCGGCCACGCAAUCUCCCUUGCGGAGGACAGCGAGCUGCUAAGGGAGGCUCUUGGCGAUCAAAUCUUCCCCAGCUUCAUCCAGAACAAGCGCAGGGAGUGGGGCGAAUACUGCUCACAGGUGACCAACUACGAGAUUGAGCACUACCUGCAGCGCCUGUAG